GUGGAGCGGGGGCAAGGGGGGCCGAGUGUGUGCAGGGGAGUGUGCACGGGUGUGUGAGGUCCGUGUACAGGUGCGUGUGCAGGUGCGUGCGUGUGCAAGAUGCGUGUGCAGGGAUGGGGGCACUGCGGUUGACCCAAUGGCAGCCAGGUCGAGCCGGGGGUCCUCCCUUGGGGUCUCUGCUGACCGGAGCGGGGGUGCUGUCCCCACGCCUCCCCGGCGAUCGGGGGGCCUCCGCGGGGUGAGCCGCUGCCUGGACCUUCCAGAAGAACCGUAGGACAAGGACCACCGUGCACCAUGGUGAAGCUGGGUUGCAGCUUCUCUGGGAAGCCGGGCAAAGACCCUGGGCACCAGGAUGGGGCUACCACGGACAGCGUCCCUCUGAUCAGUCCCCUGGACGUCAGCCAGCUCCAGCCACCAUUCCCUGACCAGGUGGUUAUCAAGACACAGACGGAAUACCAGCUGUCCUCCCCGGACCAGCCAAAGAAGUUCCCCGACCUGGAGGCCCAGAAGCUGGCCUGUAACCACCCAGAGGAAGGGCGCAGGCUGCCCACCGCACGGAUGAUCGCCUUUGCCAUGGCGCUCCUGGGCUGCGUCCUAAUCAUGUACAAGGCCAUCUGGUACGACCAGUUCACUUGCCCCGACGGCUUCCUGCUUCGGCACAAGAUCUGCACCCCGCUGACCCUGGAGAUGUACUACACCGAGAUGGACCCCGAGCGCCACCGCAGCAUCCUGGCCGCCAUCGGGGCCUACCCGCUGAGCCGCAAGCACGGCACGGAGACACCCUCGGCCUGGGGGGGGAGCUACCGCGCAGUCAAGGAGGGGCCCAAGGCGCCCACCCAGGCGGGCGCGGCGGGGGCGGCGGCGGCGGCGGCGGGGGCGGGGGCGGCGGCCACCGAGCCCCCCGGCAAGACGUCCGCGCUGGGAGAGAAAGAGGCAGCGCGGAAGGCGGCAGGCAGCGUCCCGCCCCCGGCCCCCCAGUGAGGCCUCCGCACCGGCAGCCCGGGUGGGCGGUGGGGGGUCGUGUACCCUCCUCGCAGCGCCCGCCCUCGCCCCUCCUCCCCUCUGUCUCGGCAGCGCCCCGCGCCGGCACCCGUGACAGCCCUCGCCCGACGCUCUCACAUCCUGUGGUCGUGCCCCUGCUUCCAGGACCCCUUGCUGAUGCCCCCUGCCCCCUGAGCUUCUAGCUCUGUUGCUUUUCUCUAAGUAAAGAUUCACAUCCA